CAGCUCGGCGGGUCUGUCCCGCCCGGGAUGGGCUCUGUGGCUCGCUGCUGGCUGGCUCCGGGACGAGGGCUCCUCAUCCCCUCUGGCCGUGCUCCUGGGCCCUCGGGCCCGCUCGCAUGCAGUCCGCUCCGCUAAGGAAACUGGAUCUCCGCAGUCCUUGUGAAGCGAGGUUUGUGCCUCCAAGGAAUUUCCAGCGCGGUUAUUUUUGGAGGCCCUGCAGAAGUGUGGCAGCCUGGGUGAUUCAGCUGCUGGCUCUGCUCUUGGCGAGCGGAGGCAGCCCCGGCUCCGGUGGGAGCAGCCCCAGAAAUCCCCCCGGAGAGGCGGCUGCUGCGCCGUGUGCCGCUCCGGGCCGUGCUUUGGCUCCCCAGCCCGCAUGGGGCUCCUGGCUGGCUGGGAUGGAGCCCCAGCGCUGCACGAGUGUGGUGUGCCCUGCUCCGGGGCCGGGAGGGCUCCGUGCCCUGCCCUGCCGCAGCUCCGCAGACCCCGAGGCCUCUGGGCCGUUGGCUUUGGAGCUCUCGGAGCUGUCGCCCCCGGCUCCCGGCAGGGAAUGUCCUCGGCCGGCUCGGGACGCGCUCUGCCGGGGCUUUCCCUGGAAGCAGAAGGUGCUGGCUGCUCGGUGGGAGGCAGAGAGUUCUGCCGCAUCGACAAGGCGCUGUGCCACGACGAGGACGAGCAGCUGAGCUUCGAGGCCGUGCGCAACAUCCACAAGCAGAUGGACGACGACGCCAACGGCAACGUGGACGUGGAGGAGAGCGACGAGUUCUUGAGGGAAGACUUGAAUUACCAUGACCCAGCAGUCAAGCACAGCACUUUCCAUGGAGAGGACAAGCUCAUCAGUGUGGAAGACCUCUGGAAGGCCUGGAAAACAUCUGAAGUGUACAACUGGACGGUGGACGAGGUGGUGCAGUGGCUCAUUUCCUACGUGGAGCUGCCCCAGUACGAGGAGACCUUCCGCAAGCUGCAGCUCAGCGGCCACGCCAUGCCCAGGCUGGCAGUGAACAACGCCACCAUGAUGGGGACUGUGCUCAAGAUGACCGACCGCAGCCACCGGCAGAAGCUGCAGCUCAAGGCUCUGGACACGGUGCUCUUCGGGCCUCCCCUGUUGACUCGUCACAACCACCUCAAGGACUUCAUGCUGGUGGUGUCCAUCGUCAUCGGCGUGGGCGGCUGCUGGUUCGCCUACAUCCAGAACCGCUACUCCAAGGAGCACAUGAAGAAGAUGAUGAAGGACCUGGAGGGUCUCCACAGGGCUGAGCAGUCUCUCCAUGACCUGCAGGAGAGGCUGCAGAAGGCGCAGGAGGAGCACCGCUCCGUGGAGGUGGAGAAGGUGCACCUGGAGAAGAAGCUGCAGGACGAGAUCAGCAUUGCCAAGCAGGAGGCACACAGGCUGCGGGAGCUGCGCGAGGGCACUGAGAACGAGCUCAGCCGCCAGAAAUACGCCGAGCAGGAGCUGGAGCAGGUGCGGAUGGCGCUGAAGAACGCGGAGAAGGAGCUGGAGUCCCACUGCAGCUGGGCUGCCCCCGAGGCCCUGCAGAAGUGGCUGCAGCUGACCCACGAGGUGGAGGUGCAGUACUACAACAUCAAGAAGCAGAACGCAGAGAAGCAGCUGCUGGUGGCCAAGGAAGGGGCUGAAAAGAUCAAAAAGAAGCGAAACACCCUUUUUGGGACAUUCCACGUUGCGCACAGCUCCUCUCUGGAUGAUGUGGAUCAUAAAAUCUUAACUGCAAAGCAGGCGCUGAGCGAGGUGACGGCGGCGCUGCGCGAGCGGCUGCACCGCUGGCAGCAGAUCGAGCUGCUCUGCGGCUUCCAGAUCGUCACCAACCCCGGCCUGCACUCGCUGGCCUCGGCCCUCAACAUCGACCCCGCCUGGAUGGGCACGCCCCGGCCCAACCCCUCCCACUUCAUCAUCACCGACGACGUGGAUGACCUGGACGAGGAGCUGGUGUCACCCAUGUCCAUACAAUCUCCGGCCUUGCCCAGCACAGUCCGGCAGCGCCUGGUGGAGCCGCAGCACGGCCACGGAUCGCAGAGGUUGGUAGAGAGUCUCGUGCCGGGGCAGCCCGAGGCGGGCCCCGUGGCCCCGCUGCGGGCGGGCCGAGUGUCCCUGCGCCGAAUGCACAGCCUCACCUCCGGACAGUCCUUCAGCUCCGACCUGCCCGGCUCCAGCCCAUCGCCUGCCUCCACCUCCUCCACCUCCUGCUCCUCAUCCACCACCACCGCACCUGCUCCUGCUUGCCAUGUCCACCCUAUCUAUUACCAUCACACCACCUCUUAUUUCCUCCAGAUGGAUUCCAUCCCCGACCUGCCCCCUCCUGAUGUCACCUCUGGAGUUCGCUGUCGCACUGGGAGCUUUGGAGAUUUAACUCGCUGCGACUCCGACUCCUCCAUCCCGCACCUGAGCGACCACCAGCGUAUGCCCAGCUCGGCGCCCAAGCUGCUGGCUGCCCGGCCCACGCUGCUGACCAGGUCCGUGGAGGAGGCUGCCCCCGGGCCCCCCGGCGCGCCCACCCCCAACGGCGGCAGCCGGCACGGGGAGCCCUCCGCCCUGGCGGCCUUGCAGGAGCGGCCGCCCGAGAGCCCCAUGGUGAUGAAGAAGAUGAUGAUGGUGAACCACGGCAUGGAGAAGUCCUCCAGCCUGGGGGAGAUCAGCCACCCGACGGCCGGCAAGCCCAGCCACUCGGAUUCGUCCCGGUCGCACAGCCCCAGCUCCACCGACCCCGACACCCCCUCCCCCAUCUCUGACUGCCGGCCCGGCGGCGCCAGGAACACCCGCAUCCCGCAGCUGGCCGCCAAGAAGAGCCCGGGGGACGAGGACAGCAGCCUGACGGGCGACGAGGUUGACCUCGGCCAGAGCAAGAAAAAGUUCCCCAUGAAGCUCUUCAAGAAGCCCAAGAAGUAGGGGGGGACACCCCCGGACGCGUCCCGCCGGGCCCGGGGCCGGCCGCGCGCCGGGAACGCAGCGCGGCCCCGGCAGCCUCGGCACCCCGAGUCACCCCAGCGCCGGCACGGCAGGAGCUAUUUAAACUUAUUUAUUUCCUCAUCUCCGAGACGAAGGAGCGCGAUCCGCCGGCUCCCCGCGCCCGGAGCCGCCCCUGCCCUCCCUGCGCCCCGGCUUUGCUGUGCAUGGCUUCCAGUUACUCCUGCUCUGCUCAGCCACGCGGCCUUUGGGUUUGGUUUCAAUGUGGUUUUAUUUUUUUUUUUCUAUUUUAUUUUUUAUCGUUGUUAUCGAUUAGUUUUCCUGCCUCCUCCGACGUUUGCACGGGCUGAGGGCGGGCCGGGGCGGCUCCCCCCGGGGGGACUCAGGUCGCAGCGGUUCUCCCUCAUUUCUCCGAGUCACUUCUCCACCGCGCCCCUGGGAAGGGGAUCCCCUCCCGAGCAGGAGCAGGGGAGGACUCUGCCCUUGCCGGUACUUGUGUGCUCCCGCUGCCCGCGGGGACGGGGCUGUCCCCGCGCCGCUCUGCGGUGACACGGGGAAGGCUGGGACACGGGCAGGAGGGGCCCACGCCUGUCCCCGGCUGGGCUUGCCCGAGCACCCUCCCCGGUCCCCUGCACUCCUCCCAGCCCGCGCGCCCCGGGGACCCGGCUGAGGAGCCUGGUGACAAGGGACAGCGAGGGAGGGACCCUGGUGACAAGGGACAGUGAGGGAGGGACCCUGGUGACAGGGACAGUGAGGGAAAGGCCAUCCCGAGGGGCGUUGGUGCAGAGCCAGGUCCACCCGCCACAUCCACAUGGAGAGAAGAGGAGAGGAGAGGAGGGGGCUCUCGGCAGCAGGGCCUGUCCCGUGUCCCCUGUCCUAGCGGGGCAGGGCCAGAGGCAGGGACCAGGACACAGCGGGGCUCUCCAGGGCAGGGGUGGCAGCACCAUGACAGAGUCCUCCCCUGGAGCAGGCAGGGUGCUGGGGCUCUGUGCCCCCUGAGGGACGCAGGAGGCUCACACAGGCAGUGUCCCCCUUGCCCUGAGGCCACACGCCGGGGUGUCCCUGGCUGUGCCAGCCUGACCCGGGGCUCAGCCCGUCCUGAGCCGCUCCCAGGGGCUCUCCUGUCCCCCCUCAGCACAUUGUGGGUCACAUCCUGCUACUCACAGCCCCCGGCUCACCUCGGCGUGGCCCCAGCACAGCCUGGCCACCAUGGGGGUCCCCAUUCAGGGAGCAGCUGUGGCUGAGUCCCACUCGCUGCGGCGGCUGAGCCUGUCCCAGGGAUGAGCCCUGCCCCAUCCCUGGACUGAGCCCUGCCCCAUCCCUGGGCCCUGCUCCACCUCCUGCCCCCCUCCCAGCUCCUCCAGGAGCAUCCCCCAGCCCAGGGCUGCCGGGGAACCCCCCAAGCCCCCUCCCACCCCACUCGAGGCGGCUCCCUGGCACCACAUGACCCCCCAGCCCAGCCCGGGGUCCCUGUCCUCAGCACCCCCUCCGUCCCCAGGCCACCGUCCCACACAUCCCUGGGGUGGGCAGGGGGGAGGCAGAGGAGGCCGGGCCGGAUGCCGAGAGCCCCUGGGGCCUUGCUUUAUGCCAGAGUAAUAUAUUUGUGUCUUGACAAUUCAGGAAGGGCUACAAAGGUGUUUUUUGUUCCGUAGGCGGGAGUUAAACGGUUUCACUGUUGCUUUGGGAUAAGUGAAAAAUUCCUCUCAAUGACUUUAAGUGCCUGCAUUUCCCUGGGGACGGGGGGACGCGCCCGGCCCCACCACGGGGCUGCUGCCUGGGCACCCCAACCUGUGGGCACCCCAGUUCGUGGGCACCCUGAUUCCAUGGGCACCACAAUUUGUGGUCACCCCAAUCCGUGGGCAUCCUGAUUCGUGGGCACCCCAAUCCAUGGGCACCCCAGUUCGUGAGCACCCUGCUGUCACGGGCAGGGCCCCCGGGAGCGGGGCCAGCGGGGUCGGGGCCGGAGCUGCUUGAGGUGGCAGAGACCUGUGGAUGCUUCUGGAGAAGGGGUUGGGGAUCCACCAAACGGCAACUGUUGACGCAUCUGCCAACUCUUGAUUUAAGGUGGUUUUUGUUUUUUGUUUUUUGUCAUUUCAUAAAACUUUUCAAUCCAAUAAAGCAUGUAGUCUAUUUUACGAG